AUGCUGUCCCUUAGCAGGGCGCUGGCCAGGGGUGCAGCCCGCGCGGCACCCGAAAUUGGAUUCGUACGAGCAGCAGCCACAUCGGCUGCCACCCCAGCUGCAGCUGCCAAGCCGGUUGUGGAGAAGGAGUUCCUGGUGUACCGGUGGAACCCAGACGAUGGCGAGGCUCCGAAAUACCAGACAUACAAGGUCGACAUCAACUCGUGCGGCCCCAUGAUGCUGGACGUCCUGCUGAAGAUCAAGGACGACCACGACUCGAGCCUGUCCCUGCGCCGUUCCUGUCGCGAGGGCAUCUGCGGCUCCUGCGCCAUGAACAUCGACGGCAAGAACGGGCUGGCGUGCCUGACAAAGGUGGAGCGCGACCCCUCGGCCGUGACCCGCGUGGCCCCCCUCCCCCACAUGUUCGUCAUCCGGGACCUGGUGGUGGACAUGGCCAACUUCUACGCCCAGUACAAAUCCAUCAAGCCCUUCCUGCUCAAGCCCAAGCCCGCCGACGGCCUGGAGCACCGCCAGACCAAGGAGGACCGGGCCAAGCUGGAUGGGCUGUACGAGUGCAUCCUCUGCGCCUGCUGCUCCACCUCCUGCCCCUCCUACUGGUGGAACUCUGACAAGUACCUGGGGCCCGCCGUCCUGCUCCAGGCCUACCGCUGGGUCAUCGACAGCCGGGAUGAGGCCACCACGCAGCGCCUGGCCGAUCUGGACGACCAGUUCAAGCUGUACCGCUGCAAGACCAUCAUGAACUGUGCCACCGUCUGCCCCAAGGGACUGAACCCUGGGAAGGCCAUUGCCAAGAUCAAGCAGAGCGUGGCCGCUGGCCGUGCUUUCUAG